ACGAUUCAUUGCUGAGCUUGACGGGGAAGCGCUAACCACACGCCUAUCACAACACUGUGUAACAUCCAUCGCCAAAGCUUGUGCGUAAAAUAGCCGCGAAAUUGCGCAAAUACUCUCUGCGUCCCGGCCACAACGCUGCAACUUCCCCUCACAGCGCAUUAACACCUGCCUUCAAAUUUCCCUCGGCUUUUCCCAACCGAAGAUCUGAAAUCGAGGUUGAGAAAAUGAGGGGACUUUGGCUCUUUCACUGCAUUGUCUUGGUGGUUGCUCACAGUCGGGUAACAUUUGUAGGUGACCAAGUACUGCGGUUCCGUGUUAACAGUCAGGAGCAGCUUGCUAUGGUGAAGUCCCUGGCAGAAUUGGACAAUCUGAAGCUUGAUUUUUGGAAAGAACCUGUAAGCAUCUCACUCCCAAUUGAACUCCGAGUUCCUCGCAAGCAUGCCCACGCUGUCAAGUCUAUCCUGAAGUCCAAUGGUAUCACAUAUUCUGUCAUGAUCAAGAACUUGCAGCCUUCAGUGGAUGAACAGCAUAUGAGCAAGUUGGGUUCUGAUCUAGGACGAAAUGGGACCAAUGGCUUUAAUUAUGGAGACUACCACAAAUUAAAGGAGAUUUUUACGUGGCUGAAGGAUCUUGCAGCUGAAAACCCACAAUUAGUCCGAAGAAUCAAGAUUGGUAGAAGUUCCCAAGGGCGAGCUCUUCAUGUCCUGAAGUUUAGCACUGGACGUAACCGUCCUGCCAUAUGGAUUGACAGUGGUAUCCAUGGCCGUGAAAGAGUAGCACCUGCUGUCGCAAUCUGGAUUGCGAAGAAGAUCACGACUGAUUAUGGAAUUGAUCCCUCCAUCACAUCAUUACUGAAUAAAAUGGACAUCUUCAUGGAAAUCAUGGCAAACCCAGAUGGCUAUGUUUACAGUUGGACCGCAAAUCCAAUGUGGCGUAAGACCAUGUCCAACAGCUCUGGAACUCAUUGCUUUGGAGUUGAUGCAAACAGAAACUUUGACAUUAACUUUGGAGGCAACGGGAGUAGCAAAGCCCCUUGUGCAGAAAGUUAUUGUGGGCCUCAUGCGCAUUCCGAACCAGAGGUGAAAGCCAUUGUGAAUUUCAUCAAAAACCAUGGCAAUUUCAUGGUUUUCAUCACACUCCAUAGCUAUUUGCAGCGUUUGCUGUAUCCUUAUGGACAUACACACAUGCCUCCAGAAAACUUUGAAGAAUUGGCCACACUAGCCAGUGAAGCAAUUGAAGCUCUGACCUCCUUGUAUGGCACUCAGUAUACACAUGGAAGCAUUGUACAAGCUAUUGGUGAAAGUAGUGGGAACAGCAUUGACUGGAGCUAUGACCAAGGUAUUAAAUAUGCAUAUGCCUUUGAGUUGCGUGAUGAAGGUCAAUAUGGCUUCAAACUUCCACCGAAUCAAAUCGUUCCCACGGCUGAAGAAACCUGGUUGGCCAUCAAGAAAAUAAUGGAGCAUGCUUCCAAUGUCUUACCUUGAUAUUAUCACUGCUGAUUUAGAAGGCCAGUGCUCAGGGCCAACCAGCUACUUAACUGUAUUGCUAUUGUGUAUCCUUUCUCCUGUAUGGCUAUAGAUACAGAAUUGCAUUUUGCUAUAAUACUUAACACAACAUACAGUGCAAAAAGGUGGAACCUCAUUACUGUCACCUCUGCCAUUGCAGAUUUACAUUAAUUCCAGCUUUAGCGAGCAAAUGGUUUGAGAACUUGCCUGAGUGACAGGGCUGACCUUAGCUUUAAUAUAUAAUAACUUGUUCACUGUUCAAAUUGAGAGGUUAUUCUAAUCUGACAAUGAGGGGUUCUCCAACCCUUGGUCAGGGUUUACUUCAAUCUCAGAAUAUGUGUGUAGUGUUGAAUUGUUCAAUUUUUCUGUGUUUGUCUAUAUUUGUCUAGUAGGCGAAAGUGAGGACUGCAGAUGCUGGAGAUCAGAGCUGAAAAAUGUGUUGCUGGAAAAGCACAGGAGGUCAGGCAGCAUCCAAGGAACAGGAGAAUCGACGUUUCGGGCAUAAGCCCUGCUUCCUGAAGAAGGGCUUAUGCCCAAAACAUCGAUUCUCCUGCUCCUUGGAUGCUGCCAACCUGCUGCGCUUUUCCAGCAACACAUUUUUCAGCUAUAUUUGUCUGGUUGCUAUCUAUUGACUGACCUGUGGGUGAUUAGUUAAGCGUGGAUGUGGUUACUGAGAAAGAGAAACUAAACUUUAAGCAACAGGAAGUAUGAGAGCAGAUCGUUAAAAGUAUAGAAUAAACUUAUACCUCAGAUUCAACAUCUGAAUGUAUAAUCUCCAAAUAUUUCCACAGAAUAAAAUACAACGAGGUAACUUUAAUCUCAAGGGUAUGUUUCAGUUGUACCACAAUCUGAAAGUGCCUUCCAUUCUCAAGACUUAGAUUGGUAACAAUGUCAAUUCAAGUUUGUAUAUCAUCAAUUGCAAGAUGAAAUUAUUUAAUCCAACCUCAGGAUUUAAGAGUUUGCAGUUCCAUGAAAAUUCAUGAUCUCAGAGUUUUGAUUUGCAUAAGACCAGUUGAAGGUUUUGCUCCAAAUUCAUCCUGCAAGAGUCUGCCUUAAAUUUAUUUAAAGAUUUCACCUUUAGGAGUUUAAUUCAAUGACUGAUUAAGGGUUUAUCGUGACACUUAGUUAACAUUCGCAGAUAAAGAGGAAGAGCCUUACCUCUAAUCUCAUGCAUUAUAGCCUAGAUGUUACCACAAAUGUAUGAUUUAACUGUUCAUCCCAAUCUAGGAAUUUAUACCUGUACCCAAUCUGACUGCUUAAUUCUUGAUACCAAACUCAUCAUUUUCCAAAUAACCAUAUUUCAGUUUAAUUCAAAUCUCAUGGUGCAAAGGGUUCACAUCAAUCUCAAAUUAAGAAUGUCUCAGAAUGUUAUUUACUAUGCUUGGUGUCUAAUUUACAAUGCUUGUCAAGUAUGUAUUCAUAUAACAUUUAUUAAAAAUAAUUACCUGU